AAUAUUAAAUAUUACUAUAAAAGAUAAUUACAAUAAAUAUUCAUAAAGAAGUCUAUUAUUUGUAACGCUCCCUAGUUGAGACCAGUACAAAUUUUUUAAAAGUGGUUUGAAGGUUUAAGUUGGCGACAUUUGUCACUAGCCUAACCUCAAACUCGCUUGUUUUAAUGCAAAAAUUUGCGUGAUUUUUGCCGAUACUUGUGUUUUUACUACAAUGGCCCAUACAAUUUUGCUCGUGCAACCGGGGGCUAACCCUGAGACUCGGACCUAUUCGGAUUACGAAUCAGUGAAUGAGUGCAUGGAAGGUGUUUGUAAAAUAUACGAGGAACAUUUGAAACGCCGAAACCCCAAUACUCCCACUAUCACUUACGAUAUUUCCCAAUUGUUUGAUUUUGUUGAUCAAUUGUCGGAUCUGAGUUGUUUGGUGUAUCAAAAAUCGACAAAUACCUACGCCCCCUAUAAUAAGGAUUGGAUAAAGGAGAAAAUUUAUAUUUUGCUGAGGCAAGCAGCAGGACAUACAGACUAAGGGAAAAACAAUACUUUUAAGUUUACUUAACAUUUUCUUUAUUAUAAAUUAUUAAAAUAAUGUUAGUUUAGUUUAAAACAAGUAAACAUG